AUGAAUCAAGAACAAGGGGAAUACUAUUCUUAUUAUUCUACAUCGAAUGAAGGAUACUCAUCUGCAUAUGAUGAAGAAGAGAUUAAUGAUGGAAUUGAAUUACCAACAGUUAUCUUUGAUUCAGAAGAUGAAAAUCAAAAUACACGUUCAGAAAAUCCAACAGCAACAUCAUCACACAAUACACGUGAUUCAACAGAAGCUUUUACAAUUCCAGUAUUCAGAUUUUCCAAUAAAUCUUCAAGAAGAUCACGAAGAUCUCGUUCAAACACAAAUCCUGGAUCAAACCAAAGCGGAAAACACAUAAAAGCACCACAAUUAGUUACAACGGUCCAACCAGAAUUAUCAGAUUCUGAAAGUUCAAAUCAAUUAUCACCAGCUCCAAAAUUUAUUGAGCUUGACACACUGUCAGAGAUAGAUUACAGAGAUGUUAUGUCUCCACGCAAUCGUAGGACUAAAAUCAAGUCAAUUUUCAAUAAUGAAGAUCCAAUCAUUGAUGAAAUUGAAGAUGAAGAAGUUGCAAAGCAGAGCGUUAAGUCAAAUCUCAGAAAAGCAUCAAGAGAAUACAUAAAAGCAGUUGAAGAACAAAGAAAAAGAGAUGAAAGAGAAAGAAAUCUUGCAAAGAAACUUCCAGUACCACAGAAUCAGAGGAGAACUAGAACAAGACAAGAACCACAAUCAAUUGAUGAAUACAAUACUUCUGCUUCUUAUUAUACAACAAAUAAUCCUUAUUCUCAAUACUCUGAUUACGAAGAAUCAGAAUCAUAUGACGAUGACGAUCAAUACUCUGAUUACGGAAGACCUUCUCCUCUUGGAUCUCCUCAUUCUUCAACUGUACAAUCUGCAACGAAUAUCCAGCCGUCAACACCGCCACCACCAUUAUAUCAGGCCAGUAAAGAUAAUUUGCAGCCAAUUAAUGAAAAUUCCGAAAAACAAAAUCAACAAUCUCAAAAUACUCAAAACCAGCCUCAAAUUAACACUCAACAAAAUCAGACUGGUACAAACAAUAACAAUCAGCUUCAAUCUUCUAAUCCGAACGAGAUUGAUCCGACAAGAAAAGCAUUAUUAGGAGUUACUAAUAAUGAAGCAGUUGCAAAGUUAAUGGAAGACGAUAAUGAUAUCGAUGAUUCAUUCUUCCAUGAUCUUUCUUCACAAGAAGUUGAUAUUAAAUCAAUUUCUCAAGCUCCAGCGGAAUUACAGCCAGAUAAAGGUUCAAAACAUGCAUAUGCUGAUGAAGCAGAGAUAUUAACUGACCUACCAACGCUUUCUCAAGGAGUUACAACUUCAUUAUCAUAUGAAUCACAAUUACCACAGCCAAUACCAACAAAAACAACCAAUCCAGUGCAAGCAGAUGAUAUUGAAGACAUUUAUGCUGAUUCAGACCAACAAAUUGAUACAGAACCAGAAAAUAAUUACGGAAAAGUUUCUGGAAGUGCUGUUUUAGAUAUUGCUAAUGAAGCUAAAGGCGGAAAACUUGUACAAGCACUUAAACCUCUUAAUGAAAUCGAGAGGGAAGUUAUAGAAACAGAAAAACAAAAAGUUCAGCAAAAUAGGGAAAGAAUUUUGGCAAAUAUCAAGAAUAGCACUCAGCCUGAGCUUGUUUCUCUUGAUACACAAGGAAAUUCACGUACUUAUACAUCCCGAACUUACGGAUCAAGAAGAAGACAACAAAAACCAGUCCAAAACGUCGAAUUAGAGUCCACUAUGUCCGUUGACUCAACAACAUAUGAAUAUUCUCGUGCUGUCACUACAAAUACUCAGCAAUCCGAAAGGAAAUCCUCUCUAAUUCAAGAUAAUCCACCAUUUGUAAACCAAAAUAUAAACCAAAAAGUGACACCGGCUUCAAACCAAUCACCAUCUCCUGUUCAACAAAAUGUAAAUGCUAACAUGCAAAAUAUUCCAAUACAACAAAAUCAGCCUCAAAAUCAAAAACCUGUUCAAAAUCAAGUUUCAGAAACAAGAGUGAGAAGGCGUCCAACAAGAGGAACAGCUACUUCCACAAUGACAGCAACAUACGAGACACAAACUACUGAAUAUACAACGCAAACAACAGCAACAACAGAAUCUAAUGUCAGAAGAAGAGUUCGUCCAACAAGAUCCGUACGAGGAAGCAAUGCAAACAACACAGAGCAGAAUAAUAAUGCUAAUAAACCUCAGCAGCAACAAGUUUCUCAAAUUAAUAAUAAAAAUGACGACGAAAGGAUCAAAAAACUUGCAGAAGAGGCCGAUGCACAACGUAAAAUCCUUCAGCUCGAGAAUAGAGUCAGACCAGGAGGAAAUGAAAGAAUGAUUUUGGCUCUUCCUUCAACAACAACGACAACCCACGAACAUCAGACAGAAGAAACAUCAGAUGCUAAUAAUAUGAUGAUGGUUGCGCAGAUUGAUGCAACAAAAACAACAGUUUCUGAAGCACCUGUUCAAAUUGUCGAAAAGAUUCCAAUUGGACCAUCAGCAGCAAGACCAAGAGCUGCUCCACAACAACCUAAACAAGAAAAUGUGGAGAUCCUUGAUCCAGAUACUGCAAUUCCAGCAACUUUAUCGACAAUCACAGUAACAAGAGAUCCUUCUUCAUCCAAAGCCGAUGCAUUUGCAGAUGGACCAUAUAGGCCAACAAUUCCAACAGUUAAAAAGAACGAAAUCAUGAAAGAUUCAGAACAACUGGAGAGAGCUUCUGGUGAUCCAUUGUCUCCUAUUAAAGGAUGGCCUGCAUUCCAAGUUCCUCUUAUUUCUAUUAUUGAUUUGACUGCAGAACGCAAAAAUGCAUCGAUUGAAUAUGAUUUCAUGAAAUUACUCGAUGAAAUUAGGCAACAAUAA